GUGUCUAGUAACUGUUAGAGGGCUAUCUAUAUCAGUGUUUAUCAAUGGGCGAGGUUCUGUUUACAAAACAAUGUGAAACACAGGAAAAUCCCGUUACAAAACUGUAAACACCGGUAUUUAGGUGCCGAAAAUGGCCCUAAAACAGUUGGCAGCCGAAUAUUUCGGCAAUUUGAAUCCGAUCGCGUCAAGAAUCAAUGCCGAUCUGCAGGACACGAAAAACGCAUACGAAGCUGAGUGGAAUAAACUGUCUCUGGACGAACAAGAGCAAAUCCUAACAGAGACUAUCAUCAAACCGGAAGUUUCCGUGCUUUACAACCAGCUGGAAGUUGGAACCAACGAGGAUUUUGCAAUGAAAAUCGUCCUGGAUGAUCAUUGUUCGUAUCGCGACGAACAUUCGGGACCGUUCAGUUUCCGAUCAAGAAGCCAGAGAAACCUGACGAUCUUUGCUGAACCGCCCAGAGAACCCAAAACCAAAUUUGUACCAAAGCUUAAAGUACCACCGUACACUCCAGACUUGGACCUGGUGGAACGAGGAAAAGACGCUGAUAGUUUCAGUUCCAACUGCAACAGUUUGCCCAAAACGGGUCUCGACUUUUUGGACAAUUGGUAGCCACUUUAAGUCUCAUAAGACAGUGUAUUUAUAGGUUUCAUAUUCUACGACUGCAAAUUAAAUGAACAAACCGGAAAAACCUUUCGACACUCUGUAUGUCCCAAACGAAACGUUUAGGUCUAUAUACAUUUUCGCCUAAUUUGCUUUUUUGUAGUAGAACAUGCAGAUCGAAAAAUAUGCAGCCCAAGUUUGGGUCGCCCUGUAUUUAUUUGUUCGUGUUGGUUUUUCAGGCGAAUGUUUUAUUUAUUUUUGUGUAGUUUUCAAUCGACUGAAGUCGACUGUUUGCGUGUGUUUUAAAUAAAAAUGCAUUUUACAGUUCAA